UUAAUCUAAUGAUAAAAAAGAGAGCGAGAUGCCAGAGAAAGUGGAUGAUAUGAAACGAAUGGGCGAUGCAGAUGUCAGAGAUGCGGAUGCCGAUAUCAAUGAUAAUAUUGAGACAAUCAAUCACAUAUACGAGAACGUUCCCCUACGAUGUCCCGGUCAAGUUCAAGUGCCAUCAAUGCCGGAACUUCAUAAAUACUUUCAACGAAAUAAAACGACAACGGUGAUCUAUGAGAAUCUAUGUCGCGGAUGUGGCUAUGGUAAAUUUACUGCUGAAGGUCAUUAUUGCAAUUUCUGUCAGUGUGUUGCUAAUGGAGGUGUAUUAGCUGGAUCUGCACCAUUGCCGUCAUCCUUGAACGAGGCCAACAUAUAUGAAAAUAUAUGUGAACUCUGUCGUGGCAUCUACAGUGAAAAUGACCAAUGUGAAUGCCAACAGCAACAGCAACAGCAACACAACAUCAUUGCCACCACCAACACCAACACGAACAGCAACAGCAAAUCAAACAAGUCGCGCAGCCUUUUAAGUUAUUCAAAGUCAAGUGCCGCUACUCUUGGUCGGUUUUUUGGAUCUCUAAGACAAUUGAAUCGGUCGGGUUCAUUGCAGAGAGGCAACACAAAAAAUGUUGACGGUUGUGUCGGCAGAGGGGCACGCGGUGGUGGUGGCGGUGUUGCGGGGAUGGGAGCUGGUUCUUUGGAAAUAAUACACAAUGUGGAUGAAGUAUUUCACACUCAGGCCACAUUUGAUAUGCAUCAAAUAUGUGAACUUAAGCAAAACAGUCAAAGUGAUCAACAUAUCUAUGGUAGAUUGAGAGUGGAACAGCAGCAGCAGCAGCAGCAGCAGCAACAGGACCAAAAAGUGGGACACAAACGUCCUAGAAUAUCACGUAGACGUAUGCUGCAGCAAUCAAAGGAAGAGCGUGAUAAAGAGAGGGAAGAAGAGGAGUUGGAGGAAGUGAUUGAAGAUCCCCAUUCAAAUAAGGAAUCUAAAAAUGACAAGCAACCCACCAAAAUGUCAUCCUUGUCAUCUAUAUAUUUAAAUGAAAGCAUCUGCCAAUGGAUGAGCCUUUUGCGUAGGGAUAUACAUAAUUAUGAUGAUAAUUUGGCUGUGCAUCAGCAACCCAAAUCGAUGCCGGCCAGCUAUGACAGAUUCCAAUGGAAUGUUGAACGUGAUAUGGACAUGGAUAUGGUUAAGUUACGACGACCAGAGCAAUCUCUGGUUGAUGACUUUAAAAGGCAACUAAAAUAUAAAAAUCACCAAAGACAAGCUAAUUCAAAAGACAACAAUGAAUAUGAAGAAAGUCGACGACGAUGCGGCAUCAAUGAACAUCAUAAUGCGGAAUUUGUCAAUGAGUUUCUCAAACAAUUGCCGCAAGAACCAGAACAAGAAGAAGAAAACGAACAGCAACCAGUUGAGAUUGUUAUUCUAAAUGCUGAGAUUUUAGUACAAACACAAUCUCAAAUUCAAGCGAUCGAUCCACAAAAAAGUGACUUUAAUUUGUUACCCAUUAUUUCAUUGUGGCAAUUAAUGCAAAGCACCUUUUUAGCCGCUAGUUUACAUCCAAGUGUUCGUGGAUUUUUGUGUGCCUAUGACAAAUCGUUUGCAAUGUUGUUGGUGCGGCAACAACACCGACAGCAACAACAACGAUCAGCAAUCUCCAUUGAGCGUUGGCUACAUCGUUGCUAUCGCUUGCGAGGGAGAGUAAAAAAAACCGUUGCUCUUGCCUCUCCCAAUACCAAUACCGGGUGUGAGUCAGACAGACUCAGAGGCCCAGGCACAAAUACACAAAUCGUCGUCGGAGGCACAUCGUCUCAAAGUCGUUGUUGUCGUCGUUUACCUCCAGUUGUCCAAGCAACGUCAGCGAGUGAGAACGUGCUGCUGCUGGGCGCUCGGCCUCUCGCGUUCGUAGCCGAACCAAAGUUAAAGCCAAAGAUAAAGACGCAGCUAGAGACGGAGAGAGAGUUAGAAAGAGAAAGACAAACAGAAACAGAGUUAAAGUCGUUGAUAGAAGGGGCAAUGCUGGAGGAGCCGGAAGAGUUGGGGAAACAGCAAGCUACAAUAAUUGGUAGCACCAACAACAGCAACAACAUCAACAACAACAAUAUGGCAGCACCUCUCAAGCCAAAACAAAUUGCCGAUCAGCGCAUUGAUGACAAUGAAAAUGCCAAUAGCAAGAACAACAACAACAACAACAUCACCAACAACAUUACCAACAACAUCGGCAACAACAACAACAACAACAUAAGCAGCACACAGCAGCAAACCUCCGCACAGAACAACUGUGUGGUUAAAUUACGUCGAAGAGCACCACAAGUGCCACAACGGAAUCCGAAUACAGCUCUAAGCAGAGCAGGGUAUAUCCAUACAACGGAGAAUCAGGAUAAGAAGGACAACGACGAUGAUAAAAUAAAACGGAUACAAAACCCAAAACUAGAGGAAAUUGUCGAACACAUGGAACAGGAUGGAAUUGAUGAGAAAAUGAAAUUGGGGGAUGGCGAGGGAGAUGAAGAUGAAGAUGGAGAGGAAUCCAUUUAUCAGCCCAUAUGGCAGUUUAAAACUUUAGAGCCAAUUCUGCAACAUUUACCCAAUGUGAGGGAAGCCAACGAUGAAAGAGAUGACGACGAAGUUGCGGCUGAAGCGAGUCACUUGGUGACUAAGCGACCAACGACAAUCAUCUCAUCCACAUGCGUAAAGCCAACGUCUUCGUCUUUGUCGCCAUCGUCGUCUCCAUCGCCGUCGCCAUCGCCAUCGACGUCACCAUCACCGACAUCAUCACCCCCGCCAACGCCUUCAUUGCCCUCGCCAACAAUAUCGAUGGAUCAGAGUGCUUGGGAGAGAGCGGGAGAUGAAUUUCAGUUUUCCAACGAAUUGGAAACACUCAGUCUGGGUAGCACAGUGACCAAUAGCACAGCGACAUUGGGCUCGAUUAGUAGUUCAAUUAGCAAUCAAAGUGCCAGUACUCCUGUUUAUAAUAAUAAUAAUAAUAAUCCCGCUUCAAAUGCAGCCGUCUUAAUACAUCCCAUAUUGCGUAACAUUUGCAUCAUCUAUAGUCCCAAGGAGCCAAAGAAAUAUAGCGCCAUUUACUAUGAUUAUCAACGUUCGUUAAUCCAUCACAAAUUUAUGACACGCCCGCCACGCAUCCAAAAGUAUCAUCGUCCAGCACCGCCAAUACCCAACAAUAAUACCACAACCGGUAAUACACAGAAUUUUGGCAACAUCACUUCAGUCUCAUCAGCAGCCAUUGGGAGUAGCAAUCAAAACGACGACAGCGGCUGCAGUUGUGAGGAUCCUUCUGGAUUGGAUGCCCUCAAAGAGGAUUGGGCAUUGGCUGUAUUAGCUGCUGCGGCCAGCACAAAACGUGGAGCUGGUGCCUCAUUGGCUCAAGGACCGCGUUCGGCACGGAAAUUACGCGUUCGUUCACAGGCACGGCUAUUGUUAACCGAUUCGGUAUUAGCCUGGAGGGAGCAAUUGCAGCGCAUGGAUUGUUGUGAGGAUGAGGAAGAUAUGAUUGUGCCAGUGACUGAUAUUCUGCGUGCACAGCAAAUUCAGGAAGAUAAUGAGGUGCAACAGACUCAACAGACAACGAUAUUGCAACGCUUCAAGAGCGCCUCAAUUGGCAAUUUGACCGAACUGCCGGGCGAAGAAGAUAAAAAGUCCAUAACGACACAAAUAUUUAAGAAAUUCAAUGUCAAUAGACUUCGCAUUAAUCGCUCGCCAAAAAGCGAAAAGAAAGUACGUCGCAGUCAGGUCAACAGUUUAUUUCUAGAUGAUCAGUCAAAAUAUCCACUAUUUGGAUCACCUCUCAAACUCCUUGAACUGAAUAUGACCGAUCAUCCGAAUGUGCCACGUUUCGUUGUCGAUAUCUGUGCCUAUAUCGAGCAGCCCGAUUGCAUUGAACAGGAUGGUCUGUAUCGUGCAUCGGGCAAUAAACUGUUAGUGGAUGAACUGAAACGAAAGUUGACGCUUCUAUAUGAUCCGCGUUUCCUGCAAACGGACGAUAUUCAUACAUUGACCAGCCUGCAUAAGCAAUUCUUUAGGGAAUUAUCCGCCCCGCUGAUCACCCAGGAGGCGUACGAGCGUUUGGGUCGCCAAUUGAACGAUGAGGGAUCAAUUGAACGUAUGCGUUUGGCAUUUGAUGAUAUGCCCGAACCGAAUCGUUCGACAUUGCGUUUUCUCAUCAAGCAUUUGACCAAAGUUGCUGCGGCCAGUGCCUUGAAUCGUAUGCCUGCCUCCAAUUUAGCUAUCGUGUGGGGUCCCUGCCUGUUGACCGCCAAUCAAAUUCAAUUCGACAUUGGCCGCAUGAAUAUGCUGGCUAAGCUCCUGAUCGAGAAUCAUGAUCGCAUCUUUCGUCCCGAUAAUGAGCGUUUAGUGUGCUAAUUUGAUGGGGCAUACAAAUAUUUUUUAACAUUUAUGAACUGUCAGAAAUUCAUUUUGUAUUUGUUUUUAUUUUAUUUCAUUUUUGGCUUUUAUGUAUAGUGCGUCUAUUUUUUUGUUUUCUUUGUUUGUCUACAGCUUUAAUUUUUGAUGGCCUUAAAUCUAAAAUUCUAUUUAUUUUAUACGUUUUGUUUUGAACUUUUUGUGUUCUAUGUCCAUUUUCCACUGAGAAACAUUCUAAUAGUCGAAUUCAGCGAGCAAAGCAAAAAUGAUUACCAAAAAAAAAAAUACGAAGAAAAUAUUAAUAUAUAACAUAUAAAAAAAAAGACAGUAGAUUAGUUUCUAAACUAUUGAUAUACAGUGAGUACUCACUAUAAGGUCUCCCAUAUCAUCACAACAACAACAACAACAGCAACACAAAACAACAAAUUUGCUUAUAACGAUAAUUACAAUUACAUCAUAUUAUAAAUUAUUAAUUUCA